GACAUGGUCCGUCUGCCUGGCAUUCUUCCACCCUGGCUGGGCCUGAAAGAUGACUCCGAGGAGUGCACCAUGGUUCUUAUCUUCCCCCGCGUCACCUACGCGGGGGGCACUGUGGAUCCUGCUCAGGAGGUACCGGAUCCAUGGGCCAGUCUGGAGAAGAUAUUCGUUGCAACAGCCAACAAGCACAGUGCAUACAGCUGCGAGAGGGUGAAGGCCAGGAUCGGGCCAGGACCUGCAUCAAUGGAGACCUAUCAGAGCGUCGUUCGCGACUUCUUGACGGAGCUUGUAGCGGAGUCCGGGCUAACCAUGUCUACCUUUGCGAGCGUUGAUGAAGACGAGGAUUUCCUAAAGAUCUACCUCCCACUCUCUGGACCUGUCAUUGAGCACAUGGCAGAGCAUUUGGAGUAUUCCAUGCCCUACAAAACGAGUGUCUACGAGACGAUACGACCCCAUGGUCCUUACCCAGGCAAUGAACCCAUGAAAGACUCCCAGGGCCGGGAUAUUGUGGCAUGGGACAGCUUCAAAAUUGAGAAAGGCACCUUCUUCGAGCCCUUUUCCAAGCUGGAUUCUGUUCGAUUGUUGGAGUUCUGGUUGGAUGAGUGGGUCAGCCUUGAUGAAAUGGAGAGACAAGGCAUCAUCACCUGCUACUUUCCUUGCCCAGAAGUGGAAGCGCUAAAACGCCUGCACAACCAUUUCUUGGACUUUCGGAAGUGGGUGCACUUCCAGGGAGAACAGGCAGAUGAGCUUCGCCAGUACUUUGGCGCAGAGAUUGGCUUUUAUUUUCGCUUCCUGGGGUAUGUUUGUCAUUCGAUGUGCAUGCUGGGGUUUCUGGGUGCCGUGAUUUAUGUUCUCCGCCACCCGCUAAUCCGCCACGAGAGCUAUAUACCGCAGGAGUGGAUUGGUCGAGUACGAGCCGGGCUGGCCGGCGUGUACUCAGUAUGGGCCGCCAUAUUGCUGGUCUUCUGGGGAAUUACCACAUCAAGGCUCCGAGUGCGAUGGGGCGUGCAAGAAACAGAAUGUUACGAGCAGAUCAACCCCGAAUGGGAACCCAAAGAGCCCAGCGCAUGGUUGCCGCUCUUGGUGAACGUGCUUACUUGCAGCUUCUUGGCAGCUUACGUCGGGGCGAUUUCAGCUGUUCUCAACUGGCAGUUCGGCUUCCAGAACAAGGAGGGAGAUGCCGGCCUCAGUGCCACGCUGGCACCUCUCAUCCUCACAGCGCUCAUCAAGCUCGGCAGCUUGAUGUGGACCUACAUUGCCCCGGCCAUCGUGCGCUUGGAGAACCACCGACGGGAGGAUGACAAGGUGGAAAAGCUGUCCUCCGUCCUUGCUCUCGUGAAGAUCUUUGUCGCCCUGUACCCUUUCAUAUCUUCAUGCUUCAUUGCAACCUUGGUUCAGUCGACAUGUGCUGACACCUUCGAACUGGCGGUGGAAGCUACCUGGCAAGACUACGACCAUACCAAAACACUCUCAGCGGAGAGCCUGGAGGCAAUCAGGCCUUACAGCUUCGAAAAAGACGGGCAGAUUUGCUUUCACGGCUGCCACCCAGCCGACCUUUCGAAUUCACAUGUUUGGUCUGAGACAACCUGCGACAAGAGCGUCUCCGCGAACCUAAAAACGUACUUUGUCUUCACCGUGCUUCUAGAGCUGGUCUUUCUCAUCAUCCCGAUCGCUAUAUCCGCAUACGAGAUUCACAAGGAACAUCGGCAGCAGAAGAGCAAGGGCGAAAAGUUCUCUUACACACUGCUGCAGUGGGAAGCCAAAAAGUUCAAGUAUGAUUGGGCUUCCUGGGGUGGUGACAAGAUCAAUGACUAUCUUGAUCUUACGAUUUCUUACGCCGUGGUCGUUUGUUUUGGAAUUAUUGCGCCAUUGAUGGCCACUGGGGCCGUCAUCGCCCUCUUGAUUUCGCAGCGCUUACGCUGUUAUAGGAUGAUCUACGUAACCCGAAGGCCUCUGCCACGGGCGAGUGCGGGCUUGGGCGUUUGGCACUCAGUCUUCUCUGGGAUCAAUGUUCUGGCUGUUGUGAUUAACGUGGGCCUUGCGGCCGUCUUCUUCUACCCGAUGCGCAUCAUGUCUAAAAGUGAAAAGUUCAUAAUCUUUGUGAUUGCCGAGCACGUGGUGCUACUGGUGCAGCAUCUGGUCAAGCUCAUUGUGCCAGAAAAGCCAGCGGAUCUUGCUCAUAUCGAAGCAUACAACCAGCACGUCAAGAAGUCGGUCCAUGGUACAGAGUCAGGCAUGAGCCGUCUCGUAAACCACCGGACGGGCCGUGGCCAUGUCAAGCUGAGCCUCAACCCUCAGGGCAUCCAAAGUGAUGCCGACUCCACCGAUGAGUCCAAUGAGGACAGCGGCGGGAACUGCCUAUGA